GCUGCCUGCUGAGUUAUUUUUCUGCCGCUCCCGCGAUUUUUUCUAAAAGGAAAACUUACAUAUAAAAGUUGUUUAAAAAGCGUCGCAAUAUGCAUGCCGGACAAAUCGAAGUCAAUGAAAUAACCGGCGUCUGGUCAUUUCUAUUAAGCAUCGAUUGGAAGGAUCCGUGGCUGAUAGGACUCAUUUUACUGCACGUGCUGACAACUAGCACGGCCCUGCUCACCCGUAACAACACAAAUUUCCAAGUUUUUCUAUUCCUUGUUCUGUUGUCUGUUGUUUAUUUCUCGGAGAGCAUCAACGAGUAUGCGGCACAGAAUUGGAAAACAUUCUCCAAGCAGCAGUAUUUCGAUGGCAACGGCCUCUUUAUCUCGACUGUGUUCUCCAUUCCCAUUUUGCUGAACUGCAUGCUGCUGAUUGGCACUUGGCUGUAUAACUCAACGCAAAUGAUGGCCACGUUGAAGACGGCCCAGCUGAAGGAGCGGGCGCGCCGGGAGCGGAAUAGUGUGGCCGGCACGCCCACAACGACAAGGGAUAUACCCUUAAAGGAGGAGUAGAGCAAUAGGGAAAUAACUCAAUUAUUUAAAAUGAGUCAAAAGCCAUGGCGUGUUAACCGCAUCAGGUGUUAGUCAUUGUCACGUGCACCGUUCGAAUUUGUGUGUACGUUGUGUGUUGUCCUUAAAUAUAUAUUAACCAAAAACCGUUUGUAGCAAGUCACAGAAA